GUCAUGUGUACAAAUUGAUGUAAACAAAUGAUUUUACUGAAGAAAUGGGGCUGUUUGAUAAACUUGCAUUUUCUUUGGGAUUGAAAAAACGUGAAGCAAAUAUUUUAGUUGUUGGUCUUGAUAAUGCCGGAAAAUCAACCGUGCUCAACCAUUUUAAGCCAGAGGACCAGAGAACAUCUGACGUCGUCCCAACAGUUGGCUAUAACGUGGAAAAGUUCAAAACUAAGAGUGUGGGCUUGACUGCCUUUGACAUGUCGGGUCAAGCUCGAUACCGCAACUUAUGGGAGGCAUAUUACCAAGACUGCCAGGGCAUCAUAUUUGUUGUUGACUCAAGUGAGAGACUCAGGCUUGUGGUGGCAAAGGAAGAGCUCGACAUCAUGCUCGAACAUCCUCUGAUCAAGCCCCGACGCUUGCCUAUCCUCUUCCUGGCCAACAAAAUGGACCUGCGUGACGCCAUCAGCUCAGUGAAGGUGUCAGCAGCUCUUGGUCUGGACCGCCUCACUGACAAGCCCUGGCACAUCACUGCCUGCAACGCAGUCACGGGCGACGGCCUGCACGAGGGCAUUGACUGGCUCUCGCAGAUGAUCAAAGAUGCUGUCGAUAAAAAUGCCCAAAAAUUGUAAUGAGUGGAGCAAGCGUAACACUUGUGCCUAGAACUCUGUCAGCAAUGUCAUUUCUUAUUUUACUUGGUUAGCCGAUAACUUUCUAUCAUUGCUUAUUUUUACGUUUCAAAUAGAGAAUGCAAUAAUUUUUCUCAAAAUAUUAAUAGACUCACAAUUGAAUCGCAAUAGAAAAAGGGGUAAUUUUAGAUUAUGCACAUAAUAUGAUAAUAUGUGAUGCACUCUGCAUGAAUACUGAGAGGAGUCCUCGGAAGUCGGAGUCAUGUCAGCCAGGAAUAGAACAUUAAUGCCGGGCACGUGCCAAGCAUUUGCCAGUCCAGUCCAAUAUUCUUCAAUGCAUUUUCAUAGACAUUUACACUAUAGGCAUGGCAGGUGCUUUACGCGGCUGGUGUGAAUGCUUCUAUAGAAAUUCAUUUAAGAAUAUUAGACUGGACCUUGACUGUCACGUGCUCGGCAGUGUUUAAUGCAUUUUCAUAGAGUGUCUAGUAAAUCUGAACAGAU